AUGGUUAAACCAUUCGUAAUGCAGCGGGGGAAAAGCGCCGGCGCGAGAUCAACAUCGACAAGUCUUGCCUCGAGAGGAACCUCGCUGAUAACCGUUGAUGAGAAAACGAAAGAAAAGAUCUGGGACUCGAUCAAAAUGGUCGUUGUCGCCAUUCCUCCACUCGCGGCUGUCAUCUAUUUGUCGGUGAUGAUGAUAAAUCAAGUGAGUCAAGCUCUGAGCACGACGAAUAACUUGACGGAAUACAUGUCUCAAGCGAUUCUCCUCAAUCAAUUGGUGAUCGCUCUCCAAUUGGAACGAGGAAUGACUUGUGUCUAUCUCACAAGGUUGGAGAUCGGAUUUGAGGACAGUACAACCCAAAAUUCUGUUAUGGCUCAAGUACAAUCGUAUCGAAAUCAAACAGAUGGAGUGAUUGAUCAAAUGCAGAGUAUAUGGACGCGAUUGAUUCAAGACAGUGGCAAUUUGCACAACGCAUCGACCUUUCAAACUGUUCUGGAAAAUCACCGGGACAGUGUCGGGGCUACGAUAACGACAGUGCAGCAGAAUAUCGACUUCUAUACUCCGUUCAUUCAAAUCCUCAUUUAUAACACUGGUCGAGUGUUCUAUGAUAGUAAUGAAGGGCAGUUCUGGGGUGCUUUCGAUGCGUUGAGAAUGCUGCAAAAUGCUCGAGAGAUGAUGGGUCUAAAAAGAGCGCUUGGUGGCUCGUUCUUUGCUCAAGGGUAUUUGGCCCCGAAUAUCUACACAUUUUUCAUUGAAAGUAGUGGAGCUGGGGAUCGAUAUUUGCAAGUGGCAAAACAAAGUGAUCCAGAUGUGUCCAACUUUUUGGAUCAAGCGAUGAACAAUGCGUCGGCGUUGACGAAUAUUAUCAAUGAAAUGACUGAACAGAUUAUUAGCAACGAAACUUCAAACAGCACUGAAGCAAAGUCUUCAAUGGCCGUUUAUUGGUUCAACAAUUUGACGAUUUUCUCGAAUCUGAUUAUCAGCUCAACAAAUGAUUUGAUCAACGCAAAGUUAACAAAAAUUUUGGCUGGAGACAAGAGCAGCUCGUAUACGCUUCUCUACACAGCCAUUGCUACUGUCACCGCUUCGCUGGUCAUUUGCACACCUGUAGUCGCCUAUUUGACAAUACAGACACAAAGAAUGAAUCGAAAAAUCAAAGAGAAAAUGGAUGAACUUAACGCCGAAAAGAUGCGAAGUGAACGACUUCUCUUCUCAAUGUUACCAAAAUCAGUGGCAAAAGCUUUAAAAUUAGGACAAGUCAUUUUACCAAAAACCUACAAUGAGGCUACUGUUUAUUUCUCUGAUAUCAAAGGAUUUACAACGAUUUGUAGUACAUCAACACCUUUAGAGGUGGUCACAUUGUUGAAUGAACUCUAUACAACGAUGGACAACGUUCUGGAUAAUUAUAAUUGCUAUAAAGUGGAGACAAUAGGUGACGCUUACAUGGUUGUUUCCGGGAUUCCCAAAGCAAAUGGAUACGAUCACUCGAAUGAGAUUUGCACAAUGGCUUUGCAUAUGUUGAAGGAAGUUUCUAUGAUGGUAGUUCCGCAUCGACCGAGUGAAAAGCUGAAAAUGAGAAUCGGGAUCAAUUCGGGAAUGGCAGCGGCGGGGAUCGUUGGUCUCAAAAUGCCGAGAUAUUGUCUGUUUGGAGACACUGUUAACACAGCAUCAAGAAUGGAAUCAACGGGAUUGGCAAUGAGGAUUCAAAUCAGCCCAAAUACAGCCAAUCACUUACAACAACAUUUUAAAGGGCAAUUUAAUAUUCAAGAAAGAGGUGCGCUGGAGAUAAAGGGAAAAGGAGAAAUGCACACUUUCUGGUUGGUGAAACGAAAGGGUUUCCCCUAUGCGGUUGAUCUGAGCGAUGCUGAUCCCUAUUUCGCAACUAAUCAUACUGCACAAAUUGUCGAGAUUGAAAACGCUCAAGAAAAUGUUUUAUAU